AUGCGACUUAGGGGUCACCUGAAGCCUAGGAUGUUCUGUGGGCACUACUGGCCCAGAGAAACAAUUAAUAGCGCGACUAACUUCCUUGGGCUGGAAGCGUGGGAAGAUGUCCUUGAGGUCAGCCAGCAACUGAACAUCCCCUACAUUCUGAACCUCCUGCAGUCUUUGCCCGCAGAAAAGCUCUACGAGCUUUAA